AUGUGGAAGCCAAAGAAAAAGAGUGACCUCAGCCAAGCAGAGCUGAUGAUGAUGACCAUUGCUGACGUCAUCAAGCAGCUGGUUGAAGCCCACGAAGAGGGAAAAGAUAUUAAUCUCAAUAAAGUGAAGACUAAGACCUCAGCUAAGUAUGGACUUCAGUCCCAGCCUCGACUGGUGGACAUCAUCGCCGCUGUUCCACCACAUUACCGUCGUGCUCUGGUUCCUAAACUAAAGGCCAAACCGAUUCGCACAGCCAGCGGGAUUGCAGUGGUCGCUGUGAUGUGCAAACCACAUCGAUGUCCACAUGUUACCUUCACAGGGAACAUAUGUGUGUACUGUCCCGGUGGACCUGACUCUGACUUCGAGUAUUCCACACAGUCUUACACCGGCUACGAGCCAACAUCUAUGAGGGCCAUCCGAGCACAUUAUGACCCCUACCUUCAGACCAGACACCGAGUGGAGCAGCUGAAGCAACUGGGCCACAGUGUGGACAAAGUGGAGUUCAUUGUGAUGGGUGGAACGUUCAUGGCACUGCCUGAGGACUAUAGAGACUUCUUCAUAAGGAACCUGCAUGAUGCCCUGUCAGGACACACCUCCAACAACGUGGCAGAGGCUGUCAGGUACUCUGAGCGCAGUAACACAAAGUGCGUAGGAAUCACCAUUGAGACGCGGCCAGACUACUGCCUGAAGCGACACCUCAGCGACAUGCUGAGCUACGGUUGCACGCGGCUGGAAAUCGGCGUCCAGAGCGUGUAUGAAGACGUGGCCCGGGACACCAACAGAGGGCACACGGUGCGUGCCGUGUGCGAGUCCUUCCAUCUGUCGAAGGAUGCCGGCUUCAAAGUGGUCUCACACAUGAUGCCGGAUCUGCCGAACGUGGGCAUGGAGAGGGACAUCGAGCAGUUUAUAGAGUUUUUUGAAAACCCAGCGUUCAGGCCUGAUGGGUUGAAGCUUUACCCGACCCUGGUGAUCCGAGGCACAGGUCUGUAUGAGCUGUGGAAGACCAGCCGCUACAAGAGCUACACACCCAGCUCACUGGUCGACCUGGUGGCCCGAAUUCUGGCUCUGGUGCCACCCUGGACGAGAGUCUACCGGGUGCAGAGGGAUAUCCCCAUGCCACUGGUGAGCUCUGGAGUAGAACACGGCAACCUGAGAGAACUGGCUCUGGCCAGGAUGAAGGACAUGGGCACCGAGUGUCGAGACGUGAGAACCCGUGAGGUUGGCAUUCAGGAGAUCCACCACAAAGUGCAACCUUAUCAGGUGGAGCUGGUUCGGAGGGACUACGUGGCCAAUGGCGGAUGGGAGACCUUUCUGUCCUAUGAGGAUCCGGAGCAAGACAUCCUGAUUGGAUUGCUGCGUCUACGCCGCUGCUCCCCGCAGUCCUUCCGUCCAGAGUUAAAAGGCGGCGUCUCCAUUGUCCGUGAGCUGCACGUGUACGGCAGCGUCGUGCCCGUGAGCAGCAGAGACCCCAGCAAGUUCCAGCAUCAGGGCUUCGGUAUGAUGCUGAUGGAGGAAGCAGAGAGAAUCGCCAGAGAGGAGCACGGCUCAAACAAUCUAGCGGUCAUCUCAGGUGUAGGAACUCGGAACUAUUACAGGAAGUUGGGCUAUGAGUUGGAGGGGCCGUAUAUGGCGAAGAACCUCUACAGACCUGGAACAGACUGAACUUAUAGGGUCCUGAAGAUGCUGUCUUUAUCUGGACAAGGUUCCUGCAAUGAGUGGAAUAGAUGCUGAACAUCAUUUGUUUUUCCAGUUCAUCACCCACGUUGAUCUACUUUUAGACUUUUAAACAUCGUAGUGCAGGAAGAGUUGAGAUUGGAAUGCAAUAAUGGAUACUUCCCCCCCCCCCCCCCCCCCCCUUCCCCCUCCCACUGAACAUCCCCCUCAGUUUUCAUUAUUUUGCACAUUGAACUGAAACAUUGUUUUCAGCAGGACUGAUUUGAUGUUACGAGAAGAAAUAAGGCUGCAGACACAGUUUGAAACACUUAUAAAUGCUCAGUAAGUGUCCCUGAAAUAACAUGGUAAGAAUCCUGCUCUGUCAUUGUCUGAGUUAAUUGUGUCUGUUAGAAUUACAUAGAAAUAUUAAGAUUCAACUGUUUAAUGGUUUUCAGUGGAUGUAGAAACAGUGGGGAGCGCUCUCAAUGGACAGCUGUUGGGCAAUUGGACCAUUUUUAUUUAUACUGCAGGAAAUUAAUUUUAGCCUUACAUAAAUUGGUUUUUAAACCCC